AUGCCCCUUCUCAAUGCUUCUCGCCCCUCUCCUGAAACCUUCCUGCUGAUGGGAAUCCCGGGACUAGAGCACCUGCAUGGCUGGAUAGGGAUUCCCUUCUGCUCCAUGUACGUGGUGGCUGUGGUGGGAAACGUGACCAUCCUGGCGGUGGUGAGGGCAGAGCGAAGCCUCCAUGAGCCCAUGUUCCUCUUUCUGUGCAUGCUGUCAGUCACUGACCUGGUCCUCUCCACGUCCACGCUGCCCCGCAUGCUCUGCAUCUUCUGGUUCGAUGCUCACAACAUUCUCUUUGAUGCCUGCCUGACCCAGAUGUUCUUCAUCCACAGCUUUACAACCAUGGAGUCAGGCUUCUUCCUGGCCAUGGCGAUUGACCGUUACGUGGCCAUUUGUCAUCCACUGCGCCAUACCACCAUUCUCACCUACAAAUGCAUCACCUUAAUGGGAAUUGUUGUGGGGAUUCGAGGAGUGGCUUUCUUCACUCCACACCCAAUUCUGCUUAAACAGCUGCCCUACUGCAGAACACGCAUCAUUGCCCACACCUACUGUGAGUUCAUGGCGGUAGUGAAGUUGGCGUGUGUGGACACUGGGCCCACAAAGAGUUACAGCCUCAGUGUGGCUUCUAUCAUUGGCUCCUGUGAUGCCAUUCUCAUUGCUUUAUCUUACGUAUUUAUUCUCCGCUCAGUGUUCCGGCUACCUUCCCAAGAUGCUCGCUUUAAGGCUUUGGGCACAUGUGGCUCCCACGUGUGUGUCAUUCUGGUCUUCUACUCUACAGCCGGUUUUUCCAUUUUCACCCACCGUUUUGGGAAAAAUAUACCUGCACAUAUCCAUAUUUUUAUUGCAAAUAUGUACCUUUUGGUGCCCCCUUUCCUUAACCCCAUUGUGUAUGGGGUAAGGACACAAAAAAUACGACAAUUUGUUCUUAGAACCCUAACAAUCAAACUCUCUUGA